AUGGCAGAGCUCCAAACCAAGGUUGAACCAGCUUCGGUUCCGGCUCCGCCUUCUGUGGAACCCGAACCUCCGCUGGCUGUGGCGCCUUCGCUUGACGCUCCUGACAAGAAAGCGGUGGCGGUGCCACCGCCUGCUCCGGCGGAGGAAACCAAAGCUCUUGCUGUUGUGGAGAAGGAGAAGGAGAGUGAGAAGACCCCACCAGAACCUGUAAAAAAGAAGGCCACAGGUGGAUCCCUUGAUCGAGAUAUUGCUCUUGCAGAAAUAGAGAAAGAGAAAAGGUUGUCUAAUGUGAAGGCAUGGGAAGAAAGUGAAAAAUCCAAAGCAGAGAAUAAAGCCCAAAAGCAGCUCUCUGCUGUUGCUGCUUGGGAAAACAGCAAGAAAGCAGCUCUUGAAGCUCAGCUGAGAAAAAUUGAGGAACAACUAGAGAAAAAGAAGGCAGAAUAUGGUGAAAAAAUGAAAAACAAGAUAGCCUUAGUUCACAAGCAAGCAGAGGAGAAGAGAGCAAUGGUUGAAGCCGUGCGUGGUGAAGAAAUUCUCAAAGCUGAGGAAACGGCUGCAAAAUACCGUGCAACAGGAACCACUCCAAAGAAGGCUUUUGGAUGCUUUUAA